AUGGAUGGGAAAAUCUUGCCCUUGCAUUCGCCUCGAACACCGACGACGACGAAUACGAAUAAUAACGGGUCGUACAACAACUCGAAUAAGAAAAUAGCAACCUUAUGCGUGGGGUAUUGUUUCAGUUCAGCGUUUUUAGCCAUCGUGAACAAAUGGGCGUUGAUGUUGUUCCCGUUUCCAUCGAUAUUAACGUUCCUGCAAUAUUCGAGCAGCGCAAUCGCGGUGACUAUAUUAGGGCACUUUGCUGUCGUGGAACGAGUUCGAUUGGAUUGGCAAAAAGCGAGGCAGUUCACGCCCGCGGUGGUGCUGUUUUACGUCUCGAUAUUUACGAAUUCGAAGCUUCUGCAACACGCGAACGUGGAUACGUUCAUCGUGUUUCGAUCGUGCUGCCCUUUACUGGUGUUACCGUUGGAGUACUUGUUUUUACUCAAAGGAAACAAGAGUAGUAGUAGUAGUAAUAAUAAUAGGAAUAGUAAUACGAGCGACGACGGAGAGAUGAUGAGUACGAAUAGUAGUAAGAGCGGGAAUGCGAGCGUGGAAAGAGGAGAAACGACGUUAAAACCAAAACUGUCGAGUUUAGUCACCAUUCGACAACUCGUAUCUUUAAUAGCCAUCUUUCUAGGUGCGAUUGGGUUUGUCCUCGUGGAUAAAAAGUUCAAACUCCACAGCUACUUUUGGGGAGUCGCUUACGUCGUAUCCAUGACCGUCGAUAUGGUUCUGAUCAAGAAAAUAGUCACCAACGUCGAUUUGAGCACGUGGGGGUUGGUGUAUUACAACAACGUCUUGGCGAUGUUUUUGUUUCCAAUAGCGUAUUUCAUUUCCGGCGAUUACGCGCGGUAUCCAGAAAUGAUAGCCUCACUUUCCGACGAAUCCAACUCGGCCGUGUUAGCCAUCUCCACCAGCUGCCUCAUGGGCCUCUCCAUCUCUUACUUUGGCCUCGGCGCGAGAAGAUCCGUCGGCGCGACCACGUUUACCGUCCUAGGCGUCGUCAACAAAAUCGGUACUGUGAUCAUAAAUACCGUCAUCUGGUCGCACCACGCCUCGCCCAUGGGUCUCACGUUCCUCAUGGUGUGCGUUUUCGGUGGGGUUGUCUACCAACAAGAAGCCUCGAAGACGAAGAAAAGUCAAAGACUGUUGCACAAGAAAAGACAAUUUUUGCAGCACCAAGCGGGCGGGAGCGCCGCCGCCCAACAAAAGAUGUAG